UCCCCUCUCAUCUGAAUACAGCCUUCAGUCUCCUUCAAAAUCUUCUUCCCUCUUCAAGAUAUUUGCUCGUCUUGCUGCACGUCCUCAACAUGGAUAGACAAGGAACCGAGAACCCUCCUCCAUUACCCAGUCAGCAUCUGUCGCCCGAUGCGCAGCAAAAUUCUACCAUCCCAACUUAUCGCGAUGCGUUGGGUGACUUUCUCCAGAAGGUGCCAUCCCAAACCCAUGCCUCGGCCUCUUUUAACGUCCCAAACAAGCGGCUGUCUGUUGACAGGACCUCAAAUAACCUGUCUCAACAUUCUGGCGACAUCGAACCCGAAGAUAAAGACAAUAUCUCAGAUUCUGGGGCUACAACAGAACCUUUGGCUGAUGGCGUGUUGGAGAAUCUUCACUAUCGGUAUGAGGCGGGGGAGGUUGAGAGGAGUCCUAAGAUCUGUCAUGUCGGAGAAAAGGUAUUGCGAGACAGUAAAUAUGUUCGCAAUGUGCGCUAUGUGGUGGAAACGUAUCUCCCGGACAAUUGGCUCCCGGGCAAUGCCAGGUUCAAGCUGCGGAAGCAGGAGGAGAAGCAACAAAGAAAGAAAGAGAAGAUACAACGAAAGAAACGUCUGAGCACAUUACGUCCUCGACCAUCAACACGCAAUUAA